AUGAGUGCAACGGAGAACGUCACGAACGACGCCCAAGGGAAUCCAAUCACGACGAAGAGCCAAGUGCUAGAGACAGGGGCGGCAGCCGGACAGAGUUUCGGCCCCAUCAAAGCUAUAUGCGCCCAUCUUAAUGCCUUCCAUGUCUACGCCUCUGACCCUCAACGUUGCGUUGAGGCAAACCACUACUGCUCGCAUCUGAAUGAAGACGUCCGCCAAUGCCUCAUCUACGAUACCCCUGCGCCCAACGCCCGUCUUAUUGGCGUCGAAUACAUGAUCUCAGCCACCCUCUAUAAGACCCUGUCACAGUCCGAGCGCAAGCUCUGGCACUCUCACGUCUUCGAGGUCAAAAGCGGUAUGCUGAUCAUGCCGGGCCCGGAAGGAUUGCCAACGGGAAUAUGGGAGGAGGCAGAGACCAAGGAGAUGGAGGAUGUGGUGGGGUUGUAUGGGAAGACGUAUCAUUUCUGGCAGGUGGAUAGAGGGGACAAGUUGCCGUUGGGAGGGCCGGAGUUGAUGAUGAGUUUCACGGGUGAGGGACAGCAGGAGGGGUUGAGUGAGUUGAUUGGAGAGAGGGAUAGCAGGUUCAAGGUCUCGAGCAAGCAAAAGAGGGACAAGAGGGCGUAUAUUGAAGAGCCAGAGGUUCAUGAGGAUGCGGAUCGCGUAUGGAAGGACUCUUCCGCCAGCGAAGACAGCAAACAGCGACCCGCUGGCGCCACCAGCGACGAGACUUCUCUCCUCAAAGGCACCCACUCAUCCACUUAA